CCUGUAGCUGGCUUGCAGGAACAAAGAUUGGCACUAACGUGCAUCAUAUCAGAACCAUUGUCCAGGUGUAACCUGGGGAACCUACACCACAGGUUUCUCUCUAAAAACAGACAUGUAUCUUCCUGUGCAGUUGACAUACCUCUGGUGCGAGUCUCAAGGCGUAGCCAUGGCCGAUACCAAAGGAGACAACUUAGAGCAGACCACCAAUAAACCUAAAUUCUUUCGUCGCUUCGAAGGCAUCCUGAUCGGCGACUUGUUCGAUGAGUCACGGCUGCGAUCAGCCUUUCACUAUGAGCCCAGGGACGACGAUGUCUUCGUCGUGGGCUUCCCGAAGACUGGCACCACAUGGCUCCAUUUCGUGCUGCAUCGCCUCAUGAAUCACGCAAGUGAAACGCCGGCACAAAGCGCCACGGCAUGUAGACCAAGCUAUUCCUUCCUGGAAUUCGCCGGCGGUGAGAAGAUUGAGGCGCUGCCAAGGCCACGGGCGGUCAUCAAGACGCAUCUGCCUUUCGAGAAUGUGCGCUUCUCUGAGCAAGCCAGGUAUAUCUACGUGCUGCGGAACCCAUAUGACACCUGCGUGUCCUAUUACCACCAGGUGCGACGGGGAGUGCCAGGUUGUAGUGACAUCAGCUUUGAUGACUUCUUCGAGAUGUUCAUAGAUGGAUGUGUUCACCCCAAUGAUUACUUUGAUCACCUAUCAUCCUGGUUCGCACAGAGGUCGAGGCCUAAUUUUCUAUGUAUUACGUAUGAGGACAUGAAGAAAGAUCCUCAUUCCGGCAUUCUGAAGAUCGCGGCUUUUUUGGGAAAUGAGCUGGAUAAGGCAACCAGCGACAACGUAGCACUGGAUGCGAUUGUGCAGACGAUAUCUCCUGAAGCCAUGAAAAAGGCCUUUGCAGAAGCCUUCUUGGGAAAAGAGAAGGAUGAGUCAACCAAAUGCAGCCCCUCGAGAGGAGAUGUGUCCGACGAGCCUACCAAGCACAGAAGAAAAGGUGCCGAUCUCGUAAGGAAAGCGAUUGUCGGCGAUUGGGAGAACCAUUUCUCAGCCUCACAGAUUAAGCGCAUGAAAGCCAAAAUGGCAGCGAAGACGGCCGGCUUUCGAGCAGAUCUGGACGCCCUGUGGAAGGACGUCAAUCUGCCAUAGAGAGGCGAUUUAACAAAUGCAGCAAAGAGGAAUUUUAAAAAUUUGCCAUGUAGCCAUUUCCGGAAUAAAUUUGUGUUAUGUUGAA